AUGGCGACAACUGUUUCCUACGCCGGCGUCAACCACGCCUUUCAAGCAGGAGUGAUUAACGGCAAUAUUGAGAGUUUGACGAUCGGACAAGCGGAAUCAUUGGAUCAAGAAUGCCUACGCGCUCUGCGAACGACCGACCCUCGCCACGACAAAGAGCGCAUUAAAGAUGCCAAGGGCGGCCUACUCAAAGAUUGCUAUCGAUGGAUUCUUGAUAAUGAGGCAUUCAAACAAUGGCAACAAAGCCAGUGCGAUAGUCACCGUCUCCUCUGGAUCAGAGGUAAUCCUGGUAAAGGCAAGACGAUGCUUCUGUGUGGAAUUAUUGAAGAAUUGACGUACAUCUAUGGAGAUGACACGAUCAUCUCAUUUUUCUUCUGUCAAGCUACCGACAAUCGGAUUAAUAGCGCAACAUCCGUGCUACGUGGGUUGAUAUAUCUGCUUGUUGAGAAGAACCCGUCGCUUCGCUCACACCUGCGGUCCCAGUACGAGAAAGCUGGUAGGGCCCUCUUCGAGGACGUCAAUGCAUGGAAUGCUUUGGUUACAAUCUUUACCAGUAUCCUCGAGGACUUGUCUUUGAAAGCUACUACUUACAUUGUGAUUGAUGCACUGGACGAGUGCACGAGCGGUCUCGACUUGCUCCUUAAGUUGAUCGUCCAGAUGUCUGCCACCCAUCCACAAAUCAAAUGGCUUGUAUCCAGCCGAAACUAUGCCAAUAUCAUCAAGCGCUUGAAUUCUACUACCCAGAUAGCUCUACUACUUGAGCUUAACGAGGAAUCUGUGUCCGAGGCCGUGAAGUUCUUUAUUGAGUAUAGGGUGAACACAAUUGCUGUUGUGGAAGAAUAUAGCCCCAAAACGUGCAAUAUUGUCAAAGAGCACUUGCUGUCAAAUUCGCAGGGUACUUUUCUGUGGGUGGCCUUGGUCUGUAAAGAGCUUGAAGACACAGAAUGGUGGCAAGCCGAAGAUGUUGUUCGAACGUUCCCUCCUGGGCUUAGUGCCCUCUACCGCCAAAUGCUCGAUCAGGUUUACAAAACACGAAGUGCACAAAUUUGCAAACGGAUUUUGAGUAUAAUAUGCUCAGUUUACCGCCCUAUCACUCUAAGCGAGCUAGGCGCGCUUAUUCAAGGGCGCAUCGAUAGCCUUGAUAUUGAUGCCGUCGUACUUCGUCAGCUUAUCGGCCACUGUGGGUCAUUCAUAAUAUUACGCGAACAAAGGGUCCACUUUAUUCAUCAGUCUGCAAAAGAUUUCCUGACUCAGAAGGCAUCUAGUGAGAUACUUCCCAAGGGCACUGAAAGCGAACAUCACGCGAUCUUCUCACAGUGUCUAAUUGUUCUUAUGAAAACGCUUCGACGUGAUAUCUUCAAUCUCGGACUGCCAGGAAUUCCUAUAGAGGAUAUCAACAUUCCCAGCCCAAAUCCAUUGGCACCCGUCGAGUACGCAUGUAUCUACUGGGUGGAUCAUCUCUACGCGGGCAGGUUAAUUGCCUGGUCACCGGAUGGAAGCCGACUCGCAUCAGGGUCGGCUGAUACCACAGUCCGGGUCUGGGAUCCUAUCACGGGCCAGAAUACAUCUACUCUCGAGGGACAUAGUAGAUGGGUUACAUCGAUAACCUGGUCGCCAGAUGGAAGUCGACUUAUAUCAGGGUCAGAUGAUACCACAGUCUGUAUCUGGGAUCCUAUCACCAGUCAUAAUAUAUCUACUCUUAAGGGGCAUAGUAACUUGACAUCACCUAGGUUAAUUGCCUGGUCACCGGAUGGAAGCCGACUCGCAUCAGGGUCGGCUGAUACCACAGUCCGGGUCUGGGAUCCUAUCACGGGCCAGAAUACAUCUACUUUUAAGGGACAUAGUAGAUGGGUUACAUCGAUAACCUGGUCGCCAGAUGGAAGUCGACUUGUAUCAGGGUCAGAUGAUACCACAGUGCAGAUCUGGAAUCCUAUCACUGGCCAGAAUAUAUCUACUCUUGAGGGGCAUACUGACUCAGUUAUAUCAAUUGCCUGGUCGCCAGAUGGAAGCCAACUCGCAUCAGGGUCAGACGAUACCACAGUCAGGAUCUGGGAUCCUAUGACUAGUCAGAAUAUAUCUACCUUCAAGGGGCAUAGUGAUUCAGUCAUGUCGAUUGCCUGGUCACCAGAUGGAAGUCAACUCGCAUCAGGGUCAUUUGAUGACACAGUCAGGAUCUGGGAUCCUAUGACUAACCAGAAUAUAUCUACCCUCAAGGGGCAUAGUGAUUCAGUCAUGUCGAUUGCCUGGUCGCCAGAUGGAAGCCGACUUGCGUCAGGAUCAGAUGAUAAUAUAGUUCAUGUCUGGGAUCCUAUCACUGGGCAGCAUACAUCCACCCUUAGGGGGCAUCGUGGAUGUGUUAUGUUGAUUACUUGGUCGCCAGACGGAAACCGGCUUGCAGCAGGGUCGGACGAUGCCACAGUUCGGAUCUGGGAUCCUAGCACUGGCCAGAAUACCACUCUCGCCGGGCAUACUGACUCAAUUACAUCGAUUGCCUGGUCGCCAGAUGGAAGCCGACUUGCGUCAGCGGCGGGUGAUGGUACAGUCCGCAUCUGGAAUUCCAUCACCAGCCAAUGUAUAUCAGGUCUUUUUACCGGCCACAUCAGCUUCCUUGAAUUUGAUACAGCUGAUCCGGGCAAUAAAUAUAUCAAGUCCAACGUCGGUAUACUUGAAGUCGGUAUAUUUGACCAAAGGUCAAUGGUACUUUUAACUCGUACUUCCAGCAAUUCCGUUCAACCCUUCAAUCAAACUCGAUACGGUCUAAGCCGUGACUGUUCUUGGGUGACAUAUAACGGUCUUCACCUCUUGUGGCUGCCUUCUGAAUACCGUCCCAUCGAUACCCUUCGGUUUGCAGUACACGGCACUACAGUAGCCAUCGCCUGCUCAUCAGGCCGUGUUAUUUUUCUUGAAUUUUCAACAUUAUGUCCUAUCCCAAGCUUGUGA